CGAACACAAGCAAUAACCAUUCGGCUUUAGACGGAAGGAUUGAAUACACUACAUCUAUUGUUUGAUGUUUAACUUUAAUUUUGAAGACUUGUGAAUCAGCUCGCUCAUAUUUGACGAAAAAAGAUGUCUUUUUCUCUUGUCGUUCUUCUUAUGGCUUUAGUAGACACUGGAGGUGCUGGUUGUAGCAGAACAAACUGGGCGGAAAGUUGGAAAAAAGAGGGAACUUCAAUGUGUAAUAACAAAAAUGAUUUUAUCUCUGGCUUUUAUCGAGUUGAUUCCAGAACUGCUGACGUGGACAGUAUUGAAUUAAUAGAAGGAGUUGAAUGUUGUUCGAGAAAUUCACCAUGGAAGAAAUCUAAAACACAAAUAAUGAUUGCUAAUUGGUGGAACUCGUUUAAUAAAGAAAACUCCUGGUCAAGCUGUCCACCUGGUUCUUUUCUUAACGGUAUUUACAGAACGAAAGACGCUGACCGUGGCUCUUUGAAUAACAUAAAAGAGGGACGUUGUUCUAAACCAUCUGACCACCCAGCAUACUAUAGUGACUGCUAUGACCACAAUAUUGGGAUAUGUAUUAUUUACAAAGGUUUGUGUAAAUGUAAUGAUGGUUACUAUGUCACAGGUUUAUGGAAGGGAAACUGUAAUCGAAUUCAUUGUAUGAGUGUUUUGCGAUGUUGCAAGCCAGCCUCAGCACCAGAAGUACUGGACGAUCUCCAUAAGGUGAAGACACGCAUCAUGGGUAAUACAAUGUCCGACAUAGCUAAUUUGGCGCAUUAUCUCGGUUAUGGUUGGUGUGGAGGUUGUAGAAGCAAGUAUGUUGGCCAGGAUUUUAUUAGGAACGGCGACACAUGGCUCUCUAGUACAAAACAACCUUGUGAUGGGUAUAAGCAUGAUCAACGUCUCAACCUAGCCUAUGGAGAUUGGAGUUUUGGUAUAAAAGACAUCAAAUAUGGAACGCCUUUAAUUGAAGAUUUGACGCCUGAAACGAUAGACUCAGGAGUGUUUAUUAACAGAGAACCGACAAAUUCAUCAAAGACUAUCACACGAACUGAAAUCAUUGAGAGUAGUGUCACCCAUACGACAACCAGCGCUUGGAAAAAUAGCCAGGAACUGAAUUUGGGAAUCUCUUUCUCACCACCCGGAUUUUCUUUCUCUGGUGGGUUCAAGUUUGGAUAUGAAACAAGUACAUCGCAAACAGAUGAAAACAAAAAGGAGCAGACAAACUCCUUUACAGUCACUAGUGUAAAAACCUUAUUACCGAACUCAGGAGCUAAAUGGCGUCUUGUCGUGGCCAAAACUAAAACUUCAGUUAACUAUACUGCGACAAUUAUAGUUAAGUUUUCCACUGAGCUUCAAGGCUUUCUACGUUGGGAUGGGGGGAUUAGUAAUGUUAAAACCAACUACCAUUAUAAGCAUCGCGGUAGUGAAGAUAGUCCUACUUUUAACUACAGAUUUGGAGACUCUAAGGUCCCAUUCUACACAGCACUGAAGAGAGAGAGCUCAACCAUGUCACAUCCUUGGUUGUGGGCCGAUUUGAAUAAUGCAUAUCUAAACUUCGCUGAUUUAACCACACAUCUAACCGAAGAAAGCAAUUACGUCUUUCAACUAACCGGAAAGUUUGAAGACGUCUCGGGAAAAAACGUUGACUUUCAUUGGGAUACCGUACCGAUAAGAAAGCGAUCAGCGGAUUCUCGUGAUAAUGCACAGGACAACAUUUUUCAGGACUCCACAAAAUUUCCAAAGACUUCGUCUAACGAUGUUGGUCCUACGAAUCUAACGGAUCAUAAUUUACAUAACUCCAAGCAAGUGCCCAAGACUGCGGCUAACGAUGUUCCUGGAGUGAAUUAUGAUCCUUCGUAAUUCAAACAUCGAGAUGCCUUUCCAAAUAUGUGAGCUCGUAA